CCUGGCUUCACUAGGAAACCUUCAAGUCAUUCAUGACCAUGAAGAAAAUAUGGGGACUCUUCAUGCUGAUUUGUGCUUUUGUAUCUGGAGAACCAACACCUUCUCCCAAUGAUUUGACCACCAGCACUAGUGAUCCAACACUUCCUCCCAAUGGUUUGACCACCAGCACUAGUGAUCCAACACUUCCUCCCGAUGAUUUGACCACCAGCACUAGUGAUCCAACACUUCCUCCCGAUGAUUUGACCACCAGCACUAGUGAUCCAACACUUCCUCCCGAUGAUUUGACCACCAGCACUGCAGCAUCUGAACAAGAAGGCACCGCCGGCACUGAUGACGAUGUAUUUCCACAGACGACUCCUACAAGUGCACCUUCUGAACAAGGGAGUUCCACCAGCACAGAUGACAGUACCGCUUCUCAGACUGCUCCUACAACUAAGACAACUGAUGGUCAUCGUCGUGGGUUUGCUAACAAAAUUGGAAAAGUCAUAAAGUCGUUUUGUACUCUGAACUCUAAAUGGAUUAGAGCACUUUUGGGCAACAAAAAUAAUGUCCCACCACUUCCUAUCUGCAAGGGGUACAUAGGAAAACAUUACAAGCGAAUCAAGAGAAUAUACUGGUAACCUGACAUUCCAGCCGCAUAUCAUCACAUGUCAUCAUCCCAGUAUUUGGAAGAAAUAAA